AUGUCUGUAAAAUACGUUUAUCUGCUUCCUCUAUUUUUACACAUGAUAUGUAGAUUUGGCAAAGAUUUAAUUUUUGGUUUUAUGGCCGUGAACCGAAAGUACGUAAAAUCUUCGACUUACUGGUUUGUGUUUGGGCCACUUAUCGUAGCAUUCUGCAUUGGUGUGGGUCUAUUUAUAUUUACUCUAAAAACUUCGGAUGAACUAGAUGAAUGGGAACGGACAUUGGAGAGAAUGGAUGAUAAAGUCAUUGAGGAAGAGCGCAAUAUAAAACGUAAAAUGUUUAUAAAAGUUUUCGGGAGAAAGUUUCGGAGGGCAGUAUGGAUAGUUGGAUUCUGUUCCCAGCUAAUGUUUUGUUUGGUCGUUGCACCUUCAGUUCUUUGGAUAAAGCUUUACCUUACGUUGGGAUUUAUAGCGUUUACAAUGCUUAACAUUUCUAUAGCAUUACAAUGCAAAAUGGAGAAAUCCGAGAUUGAGAGAAAGACUGGAACAAAUCAAGAAGAAAUUUCGGUGAAGAUUUGUCAAUAA